GUUAUCCUCACACUUGUGGUUUAUUCCUGGAAAGGAUGAAGAUUAACAUCAGGAAAGGGAAAAGUACCUGGGACAAAGAUCAGCAUAAACCAGUCACAAGCUUCUAGGAGUUGGUGAUGUUCAGGAUGGUGGCUAUAGACUUCUGUAAGGAAGAGUGGGUGUGCCUGGGCCCUGCUCAGAGAGACUUAUACAGAGAUGUGAUGUUGGAGACCUUCAGCAACUUCGUAUCACUGGGACUUUCCACUUCUAAGCCAUCAGUAAUUUCUCUGUUGGAACAAGGCAAAGAGCCAUGGAUGGCUGGGGAAGCAGGAUGGUAUCCAGAUUUGCUGUGUGAGUAUGAAACUGAGGAGUUAUCGAUACAGAGUGGCAUUUCUGAAGAGGAAUCAUCAAAGUGGAAAGCAAUGGAAAGAGUCAGAAGUUGCUGCAUUGAGGAAUCUUGUUUUAGAAAUGAUUGGAAAUGCAAGGAACUCUUUGAGAGACAACAGGAAUCUAAGGAAUAUUUCCAGCAUGUGACAGGCCCUGAAUUCAUUCAGCCUGUAACCUGUGAUCCAAAUCAAAUAGUUAAUACUGGAAAAGAACACUAUGAACAAGAAAAGUGUCAAAGCCUUGCUCAACAAGUACGAAUUCAUGACAGUGACAAACCUGAUGAAAAGUGUGAUACAGCCUUUAUAUUUUACACAAAUCAGAUGGAACACCAGAAAAGUCUUGCUGGAAAGAAAUGGCAUGAAUUUAUGGGAUGUGACCGAGAAUUUGCUGAUGACUUCCAACUUACUCAAUAUCAAAUAAAAAGAGACUGUGUGAAUGUGAGAUAUGUGGAAGGACAUUUAGGAAGGAUGCCCACCUUACUGGACAUAAUCGAUCCCACACUGGUGAGAGACCAGGUAAUGCACAGAGUGUGGGAAGUCCUUUACGGAUUGUUCAACUCUCAAUCUGCACGAGCGAAUCCACACAGGAGAGAAACCCUUCCAGUGCCAGGAGUGUGGGAAGAGCUUUAGGCAGAGUGCCCACCUCAGCACCAGCGAAUUCACACAGGUGAGAGGCCAUAUGAGUGUGAGGAGUGCAGGAAGGACUUUGCUCGUCCCUCACGGGUGAAAAAGCACCAGAGAAUGCACAC